AUGCUCAGAGCCUGGGACCCCAGCAAUGAGAACGUCCUGCGUGUCUGCCGUGUCUCCUGCCUCUACGCCAAGCUGAUGUGCUGCCUCAUGGUGUCCGACACGAUCCGCUAUACUACUAGUAGUCUAGUCAUAUCCAUUAUCUCCACGCUACACAGUUUAUGGGAUGCUCUGUAUAAGAGGAGCAAUUCAAAACAUUCACGUGCUUCAUGCUGGCUUCUUGUACUGGUUUUACAGAGCUGCAGCUGCUAUUUUUCUACCAGCAAUCAGCUGAACACCAAGUUCUAUACUGAUCCGGUAGAAGCAGUAAAAGACAUACCUGAUGGGGCCACACUACUUGUUGGUGGUUUUGGGCUGUGCGGAAUUCCAGAGAACCUUAUUGGGGGCUUAUUGAAGAUUGGAGUCAAAGGACUAACUGCAGUCAGUAAUAAUGCAGGUGUUGACAAUUUUGGACUUGGUCUUUUACUUCAAAGUAAGCAGAUAAAACGCAUGGUAUCCUCAUAUGUUGGAGAGAACGCAGAGUUUGAACGGCAGUAUUUAUCUGGAGAACUGGAAGUUGAGCUUACACCUCAGGGCACCCUGGCAGAGCGCAUCCGUGCAGGAGGGGCAGGAAUUCCAGCGUUUUUUACAAGUACGGGGUAUGGGACACUGGUGCAGGAAGGAGGAGCACCUAUCAAAUACAACACAGAUGGCACUGUUGCCAUUGCCAGUCAUCCAAGAGAGGGGAGAGAAUUUGAUGGCCGUCAUUAUAUUAUGGAGAAGUCAAUUACAGGUGAUUUUGCACUUGUAAAGGCGUGGAAGGCCGAUCGUGCAGGAAACAUCAUCUUCAGGAAGACUGCAAGAAACUUCAACCAACCAAUGUGCAAAGCUGCCAGGAAAACUGUGGUAGAGGUGGAAGAAAUUGUUGAUAUAGGAUCAUUUGCCCCAGAAGACAUUCAUAUCCCCAAGAUCUAUGUUGACCGCCUCAUAAAGGGAGAUGGAUUUGAAAAGAGAAUUGAAAGAUUAUCAACCCGAAAGCCUGAAGAUACAAAGAGCAAACAAAAGAAGGGAGGAGAUAACGUGAGAGAGAGGAUCAUCAGGCGAGCAGCCUUAGAGUUUGAGGAUGGCAUGUAUGCUAAUCUGGGCAUAGGAAUUCCUUUGUUGGCCAGCAACUUCAUCAGUCCAGAUAUAACUGUUCACCUGCAGAGUGAAAACGGAGUCCUGGGUUUG